AUGUCGCGUGCCGGAGCGGAGGUCGUGGGCACAUCGGCGGCUACGGUGAUGCUCCGUCUUAAAGAUGCCACGAGUUGGUGGGAUGUUAUGAACGAGUCACCAGUUUGGCAGGAUCGCAUAUUUCACAUCCUCGCUGCCCUUUUUGGAAUCGUCGCCGUCGUUGCUCUUGUGCAACUGGUAAGGAUACAAUUGAGAGUGCCAGAGUAUGGUUGGACCACACAGAAGGUCUUCCAUUUUCUCAAUUUCUUUGUCAAUGCAGUUCGAUGCGUAGUAUUUGCAUUUCGUCGGGACGUACAAAAGCUGAAUCCAGAGAUUGUCCAACAUAUCUUGCUUGAUAUGCCUAGUCUUUUGUUCUUCACAACAUACGCGCUCCUAGUGUUGUUCUGGGCAGAGAUUUAUUUCCAGGCACGCGCUGUAUCAACGGAUGGGCUGAGGCCUGCUUUCUACACAAUUAAUGUUGUGGUGUAUGCCAUUCAGAUACUUUUGUGGUUAAUUAUAUGGUGGAAGCCCAUCCCACUUUUGAUAGUCCUGUCAAAGAUGUUCUUUGCAGGUGUGUCUUUAUUUGCAGCACUGGGGUUUCUUCUUUAUGGUGGAAGGUUGUUCUUAAUGUUACAGCGAUUCCCAGUAGAAUCAAAAGGAAGACGCAAGAAGCUACAGGAGGUUGGCUAUGUAACCACAAUAUGUUUUACAUGUUUUCUCAUUCGAUGUAUUAUGAUGUGCUUUAAUGCAUUUGAUAAAGCCACAGAUUUGGAUGUUUUGGAUCACCCCGUUUUAAACUUUAUAUAUUACCUGUUAGUAGAGAUAAUACCUUCUUCGCUCGUCCUUUUCAUACUGAGGAAGUUGCCUCCAAAACGUGGAGUCACACAAUAUCAGCCCUUCCGUUGA